GGGAGGUGCCCAAAGUUUUACAACUACAGGAUGAGUGUUUUUGUUGUAGUGCUUGCUGUUACAGCGAUUCCAACAAUAUUAUGCUUAGAAUGUUCCAACAUGACCGACUACUCCGUUACUCUAACACCGGAAUCCACGAUAGCGGCAAGGGGAGAGGUCGUUACCCUCACUUGCAAUACAACACUGCCAGCCACCUUUCCUCAAUGGUUGAUCAAUGAUGAUCUGUUCACCGUCACUCAUCUUCCACGCGGUUUUACUGCCAGUGGCUCUAACCUUCAAUUCAUGUUUGACGGAGACGUGGACAUCCGCUGUGUGUUCAGACUACUCUCUGGUGGAUCCAUCAUCAAUAUCUGCAGCAACAUUGCUCGUGUCAUUACAACUGGUCCUCGUGAUGAACUUACUACAAACUCAUGCCAAGAUGUCAACAUAAUCUCAUUUUUGAACAAUGUGGAUGGGUUCAUCAUAGAUAUUGUGGGCCUCAUAGGAGGCAAUGGGACUUGCAACGUUUCGGUUAGUUUGACAGACUGCGCUGAAUCUGAGCAUCACAUUGAAAACAAUACCCAAGCCAAAAAUGAGAUUGGUGCCGCUACAAUUGAUGUUCCUGAUGCAACUUUUUAUGGGGAUGAUGUCACAGUUACAGUACAGAGCUGUCUCGCUUGCGAGCCAUUGAAAUACUACCUGCCUAAAGCCAGACCAACAGAAUACAGACACAUUCCACGUAAUUAUGUGGGAUAUGUCAUUGAUGAUAUCUCCAACAACUCCACUACUGGCUGUUUUGGCAAAUAUAUUAAUUAUGAAAUUUGCAUACACUCGGAAGGAUCAAAUGGCUGCUUUCCAGGCCGGUGUGGAAAUGGUAACGUGUUCAUGUCAUCGUGCAAUCAGAGCAAUGAUUCAGAAAGAGUUGGUCUUAAGGUUAAUGACCCCGAGAAUGAUACAAUUAUCUCCAUAUUCUGUACAUUGCCAAGCAAGAAUAGUUGUGAGGGCUCCUAUAGUGAAGUGAUGUUACACAACAUCGCAUUAUUGACAUGUGAUGAGAAUGCAGAGUAUAAAGAGGGGAAGUGUGUGUGCAGGGAGAAUUACACUGGAGAUGGCAUAGUAUGUAGAAAACGUGAAGCCCCACCUCAGCCAAGGGAACUCUUCCUCUCGAUGGAUUGCAAUGUUCCAGUGAGUGACGGCAGACCUGGUGUCUUUAGUUGGAUGGAUGGUGAAAGAGAUGAUGGAGUGGUAUAUCCAGGUGCACAGAAGGCAGUUGUGAAGCUAAGUCCUCCAGGAGACACUGUCUGCUCUGGUGUGACAGACACAAGAUGCACUUUCAACAUCACCACAGAAGACUACUACACUGUUUCUCUAACACUCACCAAUGAUGCUGGAUCAUCUGAGCCUGUCAGCCUCUCCUUUAAGACCAUGGUAUUUCAGCUGAUAGAGGACAAUCUUAGAGGAAAUGAACCCAGUGUCCAGGUGACAGUAAAUGAAUACUGCUCAAAUACCAAUGUGAAUGUGUCAUUUGGUGAGAGAGAAAAGGGCAGCAACAAUAGCUGUGACCUUCAGGAUUUUCAGAGUGCCACCUUAGCACCGGAUGUCGCAAUGAAAUUCUACGUGAACGAGACUAUAGUGAUGCUGAGUGAUGGUUAUGAGUACUGCUUUAACAUUAGUAGCUUUCGAGAACCUUCCUCCUCCCCAUCUCCUAAGCCUACCUCUGAGACUGAUGAAGGGCUUUCUGGUGGUGCUAUAGCUGGUAUUGUGAUUGGAGUAGCAGCAGGAGGUGAUGGGAGUGAACCGUCCGUCCUAGGAGUAGACAGGUCUCGUCUGGAGCUGGGGGAGGCAGGACUGAGGGAGCUGGAGGGGAAGGCUGCCCACAGCCCCUGCUGGAGAGACGCCGUCGAUCAACUGGACCUCUCGUGCAAACUGCUGAGCGACAUGGAGCAGAGUAAGCUGGCCGUGGCCUUCGCCAACUGCCACCUAGCCAAGUCAGGUCGCGCCACCUACCCCUGCUCGGAGGAGAUGAGCGUGCGAGAGUGCACGGAGCCCAUGAACACCGAGGCCUACCAGACGUACACCCAUUUCUUCACGCACACGGGCCACAUCUGCUACUUCAUCCAGAUAGAGCUGUGGCAGGGACGGACGGAGGGACUCAUAGGGAGACUGUCUCACACCUCCACCAAGGCCCUCUUCAAACUGGAGCGCUCUCUAGAGUACCACGUAGCCAUGGACGAGAAACAGGACACAGCUCUCAGGAAUCAGGACAGGAUCCUGGAACAGGACAGACAGAUUGCCUCGUCUCUGCGUAAGACGCAUGUCGACAUGGAGGCCUCGUUUGGGCAGAUGUCGGCCAUGGCAGAGCAGCAGAAAGCGAUGUUAGGGGAGAUGUUUGGUAGUCUGCAGAGCUCGGUGGAGGCAGUGCGGGGGUUAAUGACUCUGGUGGUGGUGGAGUUUGUGGGGUGGGGUACUCUGGCAUGGUUCUGCCUGGCGUGGCUGGUGGUGAUGCUCCUGCCUCAGUUCCACUUCAGCAGGUUCAAGCUCCUAGUGGUGCUGGUCGUGGAGGGAAUGGUGGAGGUCUGUGUGCGGAGACUCUACGGCUUCCUCAUUAUUGCAGGAGACACCCCACCCUCUGACCUGUCGGUCCUCCACAACAUGUUGUGGGCGUGUCGCUACCUGUGUGUGGGGGCGUGUCUCCUCCAGUACAUGUGGGAGUGGUACCACUACCAGGACUAUGGCGAGAGGAACUACAGACUACUGGCUGAGAUCAGACAACUGCUGGGGAAUGGGAGGUCCUCCUCUCUCCACCUUCCCCAGCAGACAACUGGUGUCCAUCCCUCUGGGGGAACAACUAAGAAGACCCCCAUUCCUCUCCCAUACAUUCCUACACAGCCACCCAUCACCUCCCAACCUCCUCCUCCCUAUCUGGAGGAUUUCGCUGACACUCCAGACUCCACCCAGUUCACCCCUCGUCACCAAGAUCCCCACUCUCACCCUCACUCCACUCACAAACACUCACACUUUGUCCUGAGCAGUGACGAAGAUGACAAUUUACCAGAUAAUGACAGGGCCGCCUCCAGGACCAAGACGAGCGUCUCUCGGCGCCUCAGGGAACAAAAGUCAUGGAAACAUUCUCAAGGAGAUCGCGAGGAGCCGUCAUUCUCUCUGCUCAGGACUGGCCAACUCUUCAGUGACGAUGACAAAGACACACCAGACAACUCCCAGAACCUGCUGACCAGAUCUCCCAUCCGCAGUACCACCAGCAGCAAGAACACUUGUCUCAGCAACACUCCCAGAGCCACUAGCUCAUCUGGAGGGCCCCGGUCAACUGGCAGGAGGGCUGGCUCUAGCAGGAGGACCACCAGGAGACCUCAGAGGAGGCCAGUCUCUGCGGCAGCUGAGGGGGAGAAGCCUCAGAGUACCAGUGACCCUGAACCUGAGAAAGAGGUCACAGAGGAGAGAGAUGAAGCUCCAGUGUCAGGUGAUAUUGGUAGGCGGAGUCUCAGGUCAUCAGCAGACCAGAUGACUGCCCAGUUGACCACACCCACCACACCCUCGGAACCACACCCACUUCCUCAACCCAGCUCUGCUACUAAACCUCACCUCAGAGCCCACAGCCGCAGCUCUACCCCAGCCCCAGAGACAAGAACCAACAGCCGCUAUUUCUUCAGAGACAGGACACCCAAACCCCAAAAAUAGCCGACUCCUACCAAUUAAACAUGAUUAGCUCACUGCCCUUGCCAUUAUGUAUAUUGUAUAUACAGUUUUAACUUUUUUUUAUUGUCAGUUUUAACUUUUUUUCCUUGGAGGAAUGUGACGGAUUGUGC